GUGGGGGUAUGGAGAUUUUUGGAAAUGAGUGUGUGGAGUUCAGAAUGGAAGAUGAUGUACUUCAGGGUACUCAAAGAUAUGUAGAUUAGAUGUCAGUAAUGAAUGGAGAUGGAGAUGGAGAUGGCGAUGGAGAUGGCGAUGGAGAUGGAGAUGGAGAUGGAGAUGGAGAUGGGCUAUGGUGGUGGGUGAUGAUGACUCAGGAGGAAGAAAGGAGGAGAGGGGGAAUGAAGUUCAGAUCGGAGAUGGAAGUGAUUGUGAAUGUGGAUUUCGAGUUCUUCGACCCAAAGCAAUCUGAUUUCCAUGGCGUGAAGGCGCUUCUGAACAGCUACCUGGAUGAUGCACCAGUUGACCUUUCAGGAUUGGUCGGGGUAGUUCUUAGUCAAACCACAGUCGGUACAGUCAUCAAGACUGCUGAUGAUGACAACCCCAUCGGGCUCAUUACAUGUCUCAAUCUACACAGAUACAAGGAUCAGCAGUGCUUACAGCAUAUUGGUCGGUUCCUGUUGGCCAAGGGUCAACACAGCCCAGCUGUUUCCAAGCUGGCAUCUCUUCUUGAGAGAAAACAGGGUGUGGGUUUGAUCAUUAGCGAACGUCUCAUCAAUGUUCCUGCUGAGCUAUCGGUGCCGAUCCAUCAAGCACUUUUUGACGAAAUCGAAUGGGCCACAGAGGAUGAGGUUUGUGUCCGGGUAGGUCCAAGUGGUGAAGAGUGGGACCUUUGUCGUGCACCUGACACCACCAUGGUAGACACCCGGCGCGGCACCUCCACUAUGCCGUACACAAAGGAGGAGGAGGCGAAGAUGGCCGCCAUCCUGCAGGAGAGAAAGGAGAAGGAGGCCAAGAAGAAGGCCUUGAAGGAGGAGCAGGCGGCCAAAUUGAAGAAGAUGGAAGAAGAGAUGGCCAGAGAGAAAGAGAGGCUAAAGAAGGAAGAAGAAGAGAAACUGAAGGCGGUGGAUGAAGAAGAGGACGGUCCGCCACUGCAAAGGAGUAGUGGGCAGCCCAGUAGUAGUAUCGGUGGAGACCUGGAGAAGAGGAUAUCUGAAUGGGUUGCCAACCUGACUAUGGGAGAAGAGGAAGAGGUUAGUAUGUAUAUCCCGCAGGAUCAGCAAGAAGUUGCCAUGAAGGCUUGGGAUGCAGAGAAAGACCCUCUUAAACGUCAAGCGUUGGAAGACGAGAAGAGGAUGGAAUGGAAAUUAGCGGUGAUGAGGGAGAAGAAGAGGAGAAUUGACAAGGCAGCGGAGGCGGCAGGGGCCUUGGAGGAAGUGAAGAAGAUAGAGGUGCAAUUACCCGCCCAGCCCGAUCUCCCGAAUCAGAUGCGAGUCAUAGCUCGGAGCGUCGCAUGCCUGGCACGGGUUGAGGCAGACCAAUAUGACUUUAGCAGAAGUCAGGAAAUAGCUGUGCGCUCGAUACGGUUGGGCUUUCGAGACUUUGCUCGUGAGCUGGUAGGCGCCGUUGGAGCCGAGGUGGGUCACCGCCUCGACAAGACUGAGCGGUUCUGCGUUGGCGCCAUUGAAGGCGUCAAGGCGGCAACUCCCAAGGAGGAGGAAGCACGUCCUCCUCGCCGGGAGCCUGUCAAAGUCAAGUUCCCCGAUUCCUACGGUGGGAAGAGGGAGGAAAACUUUGACAAUUGGGAGGCCAACGUUAAGACCUAUGUGCACUUGCAACAGGUCUCCCCAGAUCAGCAAGCGUAUUUCCGCCUAGAGAAAGAUGGGAAAGUGGAGAAGGUCCUCCGCUCCCUGACUCUCCUCGUAGAGGACAGCCUCCCAUUUGACAUUGUCCUGGGAAUGGAUUGGGGAGAGGCAGCCGGGGCCACGCUCCAUUUGAAGGAGCACGAGUGUAGGCUCCCUAGUUCGUCAGGCGAGGCCAAGACUGCCCGCCUGUUCCAUGUGUCAGGGGUAGAGAAUUCCUUGGCGCACUGCUGCCUUAGUGCCCCCGCGUUCGCCAGACUAGUGAAGAAGGAGGGAUUGGAGGAACAGGUCUUUGUUGCCUAUGUUAGGCCAGUGACUGAGCCUACGGCGGAGAAGCCGAUGGACCCCGCGAUUGCCAAGCUGCUGGAAGAGUUUAAGGAUUUGACUGAGCCGCCGACAGGCACGGUGCCGCGGCCCAUCCAGCACCGUAUUGAGAUAGAGUCUGGCAGUAGAACUCCUAAGGGUGCGGUGUACAGGAUGUCCCCGCGGGAGUUAGAGGAGCUGCGGAAACAGUUGGAUGAGCUCCUUGAGAAGGGUUGGAUUAGGCCCAGUUCGUCUCCUUUUGGAGCCCCUAUUCUCUUUGUACCUAAGAAAGAGGGAGAGCUAAGGAUGUGUAUAGACUAUAGGGGUCUGAAUGCCAUUACACUGAAGAAUGUUGAGCCGCUGCCUAGGAUAGACGAUCUCCUAGAUCGAGUGCAGGGGGCGAAGUAUUUCUCCAAGAUAGAUUUGAAGUCCGGAUAUCAUCAAAUAGAGGUGCAUCCUGAUGAUCAGUAUAAGACAACCUUCCGGACUAGAUAUGGGCACUACGAGUUCAUAGUGAUGCCCUUUGGACUAACCAAUGUGCCAACUACGUUCCAGCGCUGUAUGAACGAUUUGUUUAGGCCGUGGUUAGACAUAUUUGUUGUAGUUUAUCUAGAUGACAUUUUAGUGUUUAGUAGGACCCUCGAAGAGCAUCAGGGUCAUCUCAGGCAGGUCUUGGAGAAGUUGAGGGAAGCUAACUUCAAGAUCAAUGCAAAGAAGUGCGAUUGGGUCAAAGACCCAAGUUCUACGAUGUGGAAGUGGGACAAGGACUGCACGUCUGCCAUGAAGAAGCUAAAGCAGGCAUUGAUAGAGUAUCCGGUCCUUAAGGUCGCCGAUCCGUCCUUGCCUUUUGUCGUUACUACGGAUGCUAGCCAGUACGGCACAGGCGCAGUGUUACAGCAAGACGAUGGCAAUGGCUAUAGACCCGUAGAGUUCAUGUCCGCCAGGAUGCCUUCAGAGAAGGUCGCGACAUCUACCUAUGAAAGGGAACUCUACGCUCUCAGGGUGAUCCAGAGUGCGAACAUGGAGUUGAGGAACUCCUACAAGUUUGACAAUUACUUGAUUUUGACGCGGGUUUUCGAGGACCAGAAAAACAAAAAACCGAAAAAGAAGAAAGGAGGGCAACAUGAAGCCAAGAGACAAAAGCUCAAUGACGACGCAACCAGUGGGGAACUAAUCUACAUCAAGCCGGAAGACGAAGUCUUUCACAAGCUCUCGUCGUGGUCGUUCACUUUUCCCGUCAAUGCCGAAGCACUAGCAGCCCAUCAGACUGCCUCUCUGAAGCAGAAAAGGUUAUUGAUGUGCUUUGAUCCCAAGAAAGUGCCCACCUUUCGAGAAAAACUCCAGAAGUUGGUGGCGGAGGGCGAGUUCGUCCUGGAAAGUCCCACACGUGCAAAUGUUGGGAGCACGUCGCCUCAGCCACAGGAUGAGAAAGAUCAGUGUCUCUAUGAUGGCGUUGCAAAGAGUAUCUGCAAUAUUGGGUGAGAGAGAGAGAGAGAGAGAGAGAGAGAGAGAGAGAGAGGAUUGGAGAAGUGGAGGUGGAAACAGCCUAAGGGUGUACGAAAAUGAGGACUUUCCUGAAUGUAUCUAGCCAUAACGAAGACUAGAUUCCGUCGAAAACGUUCCAGUGUGAGUAUUCUGCUAUGUCAAAAGGUAGGUUCGAGCCUGGCCACAUCACCACAUCUCUCUACCUCUUUCCUGAAUGUAUCUAGCCAUAAUGAAGACUUGCUACAUUCCGCCGGUGUGAGUUUUUUUUUUGACAAUCAAUGCCUGUGGACUUG